ACCUACUGAUCAUGUCGUCCUGUCUGCGACGUUAAAGAAUUCUUGAGGAGUUACGAGGGAUCUCCUUUAAUGCCGCCUGAUCAGCAACAGGCCCGGAUCGCCGCCAUCUUGAGAGAGAGGAAGGAGAAGAAAGAGCUCCUCAAGCAGGUGAAGCUAAAGGCUAUCGUAGAGGAGCAGGCGGCGAAGAAGAAGAAGUUAGAAGAAGAGAUGUUGAGGUUUCAGAAAGAGAAGAUGAUGAUGUUGCAGCAGGAAGAGGAAGAGAAGAGGAAGGCUGCCGAGGAAGAAGCAGCAGCAGAAGAAGAGGAGGAGGUAGAAGAAGAACCCCUUGAGAGAAGGCAUGGGGGAGACAGAGGAGAGACGAAGGGAGAGGACGCCUGGAUGGAGAAAAAGAUCAGUGAGUGGGUGGCUAAUUUAUCGUUGGGGGAAGGCGGAGAGGCACAACUAUACGUGCCGCAAGAGGAGAGAGAAGCGUUUGCCAGGGUAUUGGAAAUGAUGGAGGACCCCCUGGAACGUCAGACGACAGAAGAAGAAGAGAAGUUGGAGUGGAAGUUGCGGAUGAUGAGGGAGAAGAAGAGGAGGGAGGAAGCCAACCGAGUGGCGAGAGAAGUGGAGAAAGUCCGGGCAUGCAGGCAGGAGGUGCAGACACAGGCUGAAACCCUUGCAAAGUUAGACAAGAUUUUGGGGUACCUAGAGAUCCUAAGUGAGGCCUGGCUAGAGGAGCAUCAGUCUAAUAAGGGUCAAGAUGUGACCCUUCAUGCCAUUUGGUCUGGUUUCAAAGAGUCUGCUUGCGACGUAGUGACCCACGUCGGGUCCGAGGUUAAGAGACUAAAGGAGGGCGUAGACACGUUCUAUGCAGGCGCCAUUGAAAGCGCCAAAGUGGUGGCCACAGCAGAGGCCACAGCGCGAUCCCGCAAAGAGCAUGUGAAGCUCAAAUUCCAUGAUGCCUAUAGCGGGAAAAAGGACGAUAACUUUGACAACUGGGAGGCCAGUGUCAAUACUUGUGUGUAUUUGCAGCAUAUCGCCCCCGAGGAGCAGGUCCUCGUUGCCUUCCAUGCGUUGAAAGACGAAGCGGCUAGCUUCGCCAGGUCCCUCGCUCGCGCCGCCGACUGGGAGCAUAACAUGAUUGCAUACUCUAGACUUACUCCUCUCUCCACGGUCAUCAAACUCCUACGUGAGAGGUUCGCUGACAUCACAAGAGGCGUCAGGGCCUUUGACAAACUCCAAACCAUCCACUCGCGAGAGUGGAGGAGUGCGUGAGCACUCAAAGCUGUCAUGGACGACUUGGUAGCCGUCCCAGACCACGGGGUCACAGAGACCCAGCUGGUCCAAUUGUUCUAUCGUGCUAUGCCAGAGC